UGCGCACGCAUGCAGUUUUACAGCUCAAGCGCAUUUUCCCUAUAGAUGAUGUCAUUAACCAAAGGGGUAAUGUGCCAUCGAUAAGCUUAAAGAAAACACGAAGGCAAUAUAAAGUUAGAAACAGUUGAAUGGAGGUGCACCGGUGCGGACUGAGGAGCAUUGCGUGGGUAAGACCAAGAGAACUUAAACUGAGACCUUUCCAAUCCACGUGGACACACAGUGAAGGCACAUUCCGUGUCUUUGUUUAAAAAACGAACGUGUAGGGAUUCUCUGCAUUCAUGAAAUGUUCACACCUGUGCGAGUUUGUGUCAAGUUUGGCUGAAGAUGAACAAUUGUGCGUUACAAAAGACUUCAACAGGAGAAGAGCUUGCAGAACUUUAUAGGAAAAUAUUGCUUAUGUAGGACUGAGAAUAUUUUUAGUAUUUAGUAAACAUAAACAGUGCACAAUGUUGGGAUCACGUAAAAGUGGUUGGGUCCUUGUGAGCGUCCUGAUCUCUCUUUGGGUCGUGCGCGUGAUCUGCUUCCCAACGAGACAUCGGCAGUGCGCAAACGCUGCUGGAUUCAGACACGGCGUCUCCGGAGAGAAAACCUCUCAGACAACUUCAAGAGACACCAGCCAUGAGCAUAACUUUCUGAGCGAGCAGAAUCAGGUCCAGAGGGAUUUGGGAGAUUCACAACCUCACCAACAGAAGUGGCACCAGCACCACUCCACAAGUGGCCUACCUCAGCCUGAGCCUGAGGAAGAAUCCAAACCAUUUGUCCUAGACCUCAAAAACUUCCCAGACCUGGCAAAUGCUGACCUUGGCUCCCAAAACCCAAACAUUCAGGUGACUAUAGAGGUGUUGGAGGACCCUCCUCUGGAAACAGAAAAGAACCUUGUUGAAGAAUGGAAUGAGGACUUGCCCAUGUCUUCCUCCUCUCCUCCCUCUACUGUAGACUGGGUGGGUGGGAAAAAGCUGUUUUGGCCAUUGUUCUGGAGUUACACGGAUGCCGAUUCAGGUGAGGAUGGUACAGGCAAAACAGUGGAGGAAGAGGACGACUACACUGGGGAGGAAGACAGCGGAGAACCCCUCCAUAGUGGCCUGGGAGUAGAUUGGGAAGGCUCAUGGAGUCCUGCUCAAAGCCAAUAUGAAAUGAAAGAGGAAUGGAGUGCAUGGACACCCUGUAGUGUCCCCUGUGGUCAUGGCAACCAGAGCCGCUCACGUUCAUGUGGAGAUUUCUGCACAUCCACUGAGUCCCAAAGCUGUGACCUUGCCCCAUGCCCAGAUGAUUUGAACAGUGUGGCCGAUGUCUUUCCAUUUAAGUUGGACAAUGGCACAGAAGACUUUGGCACUGAUGUUGACAGCUGUGAGAAGUGGUUAAACUGUAAGAAUGAGUUUCUUCAGCGUUAUCUGCAGCAGGUUUUUAUUGAAUUACCCAGCUGCCCUUGCACGUACCCCUCAGAGGCCUCUAACAGCAUAAUCGAUCUGCGAGACGCGGGACAUAACCGGACCUUCCGAUGGAGGGAUGCCAGCGGUCCAAAAGAACGGCUGGAUAUCUACAAGCCCUCUGCAAGCACCUGUUUGCGGUCUGCUCUCUCAGGGGAGGGCACCACACUUGCCGUACAGCACUGUUGCUAUGAUGACCACAGGCAGCUAAUUACAAGAGGUAAUGGGGCAGGCACCCCCAACCUAAUAAGCACAGAGUUCUCUCCAGAGCUGCAUUUCAAGGUGGAUGUACUGCCCUGGAUUCUGUGCAAAGGAGACUGGAGCAGGUUUCAUGCUGUCCGCCCACCCAAUAAUGGAUUACAUUGCAUUGAGAACCCACAUCAGGACAUCUUCAUGAAUGAAUUGGAGGAGGCCAGAGAGUAUUGAAGUCCCUCGCCGAAACCCUUAUUCUGCCAUGGUGCUCAGUGUUUUGGCCAGCCGCGUAUUGGUGCUGUGUGUGUGAAGCAUGCCUUCUUGCCAAGUAGCUGUGUUUGUAACUUUUAACUUUUUAAAGCAAAACUACAAAACAUUUUACACAGGCUCACUGGAAUUGUGUACCUAUGCCUACAUUUCUGCAUAACCUGAAAUAUGUUGCUUCUAUCUCAUUUGUACUUAUUUUACGAGGUGGCUAAUUCGUAUUAAUUGAUAAAACCACAUUCAACAACCGCAGUGCCUCUAGUGGACACUUCAAACAAAAGAUGUGGCGAUAGGUCCUAGGACAGCCUGAUCUAACGAGAAUUCAGACAUAUUUUUUACGAGUUGGUUAAUUUGUAUGAAUUUGUACGAAGUUAAUCGUGCCAAAAUGAAUGAUUAACAUAAAAAAAACAAUAAAUAAUUAGCCACCUCAUAAAAUACGUACGCAUUGCCUUGAGAUAGCGUUGACCAGGAGUAACAUACACUCACCUAAAGGAUUAUUAGGAACACCAUACUAAUACUGUGUUUGACCCCCUUUCGCCUUCAGAACUGCCUUAAUUCUACGUGGCAUUGAUUCAACAAGGUGCUGAAAGCAUUCUUUAGAAAUGUUGGCCCAUAUUGAUAGGAUAGUAUCUUGCAGUUAAUGGAGAUUUGUGGGAUGCACAUCCGGGGCACGGAGCUCCCGUUCCACCACAUCCUAAAGAUGCUCUAUUGGGUUGAGAUCUGUGAGCCAUUUUAGUACAGUGAACUCAUUGUCAUGUUCAAGAAACCAAUUUGAAAUGAUUCGAGCUUUGUGACAUGGUGCAUUAUCCUGCUGGAAGUAGCCAUCAGAGGAUGGGUACAUGGUGGUCAUAAAGGGAUGGACAUGGUCAGAAACAAUGCUCAGGUAGGCUGUGGCAUUUAAACAAUGCCCAAUUGGUAUUAAGGGGCCUAAAGUGUUCCAAGAAAACAUCCCCCACAUCAUUACACCAACAGCACCAGCAGCCUGCACAGUGGUAACAAGGCAUGAUGGAUCCACGUUCUCAUUCUGUUUAGGACAAAUUCUGACUACCAUCUGAAUGUCUCAACAGAAAUCGAGACUCAUCAGACCAGGCAACACUUUUCCAGUCUUCAACUGUCCGAUUUUGGUGAGAUCAUGCAAAUUGUAGCCUCUUUUUCCUAUGUGUAGUGGAGAUGAGUGGUACCCGGUGGGGUCUUCUGCUGUAGUAGCCCAUCCGCCUCAAGGUUGUGCGUGUUGUGGCUUCACAAAUGCUUUGCUGCAUACCUCGGUUGUAAUUAGUGUUGCUUUCGUCAACGAAAAGUAUGACGAAAUAUAGUCGUCAACGAACCUUUUUCACGUGACGAAAACGAGACGAGACGUAACGAAAAUGCUGGUCAUGUGACGAUGACUAUAAUAAAAUGUAUAAUGCAAUAUUGUUGACGAAUAAAAACGAGACUAAAAGUGGUUUACAAAAUAAAAACUAAGCUAAAAUGUCUCUUCAUUUUCGUUGACCAAAACGAGACGAGACGAAAUGUUAUAACGUUAUUUCGUCUUUUACCCAUCUCAGCAUCUCCGCGCCCCCACCACCUGACUGCAGGUGAUCACGUGUGUUGUUGGCGCUGCGUAGAUCAAUCAAAACAUGAAAGUACCGCGAGAGUGAGUAGAAAGCAUGCGGGGCAGUCAGCUCUCGCGAUGCUUUGAUAUCAUACGCCUCCAUUUGCACGUUAAUGGGCAUUUCAAACAGUGUACGCGGCAACCGCGAGACAUGCGGAAAGCGGAGAAACGGGGGCGGUUACAGAGGUGAAGCGGAGUUGGUCCACAAGCCUUGCUCGUGCACCUAAGAUCCUCUCCCUUUUACGGACACGACUCUUCAUGGCAGUCGCUGUUGAAGAUAAACACAUUUCCACUAAAUGCUGCACAAAACGCUUCCACUACAUGAGAAACGCUGUAGCCGCGCGGCAAUUCCGACCGGGAAGAUGCAGCAUUCUGGCUCCAAAUGUAAAAGAAAAGUCCAAAAUAAAUCCAGUGCAUCACUUUCAGGUCAGUUCAACAAGCCUGUUAAAAUCUAUAGCUUUGAUUGCUGACCCCAUGAGUAUAACAAUGUACAAAUUUAUAUCAUGUAACAGUUGUUUAAAUGACAUUGUGCUGCGUUGCGUUUUGAAACAUUGUAAAUCUAUGCUAAAGACAUUCGUUGUUUUGUAUAUGCUUAAUAACUACACUUAUUUAUUAUUUAAAUAA